UAAUUAACUACAUCAAACAUAAACCUCCAUUUCUCUUCUUGCUUUACUCAUACAUGUGAAGCAUCUCAAGUCUAAAAGCAUUCUCUCUUUUUCGUGUUUCUCUUCUUCACAAAAGAAUCCAUCUCCUUCUUUAGUGAUCUAAUCCAUGGAGAUAUCAUCAUCAUCUUCUGAUACACAAGGUAAAGGUGACCUUGUUGAUGCGGUCAAUACUGAUGAUCGAAUCAGCACACUCUCCAAAGAUCUAUUGCUUAAGAUCUUAUCGAGCCUGCCUACAAAAGAAGUUGUUAGAACCAGUGUUCUAUCAAAGAGAUGGGGGGAUGUGUGGAAGGAGACGUCUGAGAUCUUUAUGGACAUGCGAUAUAUAACGAUAUCCAGAUAUCUUUCCAUUGAUUUUAGUCCUUAUGCCGCUGGAUGGCUGACAAAGGUUAUAAACGAUCACAGUGGCAAUUUCGAACGAUUUACAAUCUACCAUUUCGCAUACCAAUGUGGAUAUGGGAUGGUCGAGGCGUGGAUUCGAUCGUUGAUUCAUGUGAAACAUGUCAAGCAUCUCACGCUUGUAAACUGUUUUCGUCCUUUCUUAGUAACCUCCAUUUUGACACUUGACUUGCCUUCAAAGUCAUUUUCCCAUCCAAACCUCAAAUCACUCCAUCUUGGUAGGUAUACCUUAAAAGAUCCACAUGGUUUCGACAACUGCUGGAAUCUAAAGAAGCUAAAACUCAUUGCUGUUUUCGCCGAGAUUGAAGUCUUUAAUGUGGUCCUCCUGUCUUGCCCUUCUCUGGAAGUGCUCGUUGUAGACCUUCACUGCCACAAACAAAGUGGUCCUCUGAAAAUUGAGAACCUCAACUUAAAGUUCUUGUGCUUAUCAUGUUCUCAAAUUAAUGGAAUUGAAGUGGCUACACCCAGUCUUGAGAUCCUGACCGUCAAAUCUCUCUCGUGUGAGAUAGAGAACUUUGUCAUUGCAAACCCUAACUUCCAGUUUAAUCGAAACUAUUGGGCAACUGGACAAUUAUAUCCUCACACCAGCUAUUAUAUAUCAUGCCCUCCUGGUCAGGACAAAACAAGCAUUGGGCAUGAAGUCAUGAUGAGUGAACCCAGUGAAUAUAUGAAGGUUUACGCAUCAAUGUCAGUGAGUAUAGACUUAACGAAUACCAAAGAGGUAGAUAUGCUCAAAGAAGUUUUAGCUGCAUGGCCCGACGAAAUGCAAGAACUCGAGAUUUUAUUUAAGAAUAGUAAUGUUCCCAGGACAGAAGGUGAGACUCCCAUCGGACGAACAAAGAGGAAGUUUUGGGAAGAGACAAAACCGUUUCCCAACGGUCACUUCCGUGUAUAUACUGUAUGGCUGUUUAACUUUAGCGGUUCUAAAGAAGAGUUUGCUUUAGCUUCACGAUUGAUAACGCAAGGAACAGUGGUCAUGACUAUGAAAAUCCAACCAGCGUCGAUUUCUCUAAGUAACAAGUUAGAGAUAGAAGCGGCAGUGACCAAGCUAAAAGAACUUCCAAAAGGUCACACAGAACUUAGUAUCGUAAUGUUCUGAUGGAAUUUGGUUUAAUCUAGCUAUUGGUGAUAUAAAGAGAAAACCCUUUG